GACACUAUCAACGUGACAACUAAUUCCCAAACAAGCGAACACCAGUUUAAAACAAAAAAUUGAGGACUACAACUACAAGUCGAGUAAAUUAAAAACACAAACUCAGUGAUCAAGGCAUGAGAGAGAGAUAAAGACCUUCAAAACCCAAAUUCUAGAGAGAGAAACUAGAGAGAGAAAGCUCUGAAUUUUAAAACCCCUGUUUCAUCAAUGGAGUUGGAGUCUGAAAAUUGGGUUUUCUGACUACCCUUUUCUUCCUUUCUUCAAUUGAUUGCCCAUAAAAAUUUAGGAGUACAUACACUAGAUGUGAGAUGGAUUUAUCAGAAGCAACAAAAACUUUAUUAGAUAGAAUUCAAAAGUUAGAACCUGAAUUAGCCACAAAAAUUAUAGGAUGUAUUUUGAUACAAGAUCAUGGUGAAAGGGAGAUGAUAAGAUUAGCUUAUGCUCCUGAUAAGCUCAUAGAAAAUUUGGUACAGAAAACCAAACUUCAGCUAGGGUAUCUCUCGAAACCCCCGGUUUCGACUUCCCUGUCUCCUCCCAUUUCCAUAAACCCUUCACCGGUUUCAGAUGUUUCAAUGAAUUACAUGCCUUUUUCACCCAAUGGCUCUAGACCCUACUCAUCUCCAACUGCAUUCCCGGUUCGACAGGCACCCUACUGGGACAUGCUGCAACCUGACCAACAAUCUAUUAUGAGUUCCGAAUUUCAGUCCUAUGGAGAUUCUAUUGCAGAUGAUUUUUGUCUGCAGAAUCAAGCUCAAUUCAUGGGGUUUGAUGAUCAAUUGGAUCCUAUUAAUGGUGGAGCGGGUUUUCCUGGUGAUCUUUAUUACUCUGAUGCUGCAUUGGGUAGCUUGAGGAGUCGUAGAUCACCAAAUUUGUCCGAUUUGCCCAUUAAAACCUGCCAUUAUUUCAACAAGGGUUAUUGCAAGCACGGGGAUAGUUGUCGUUAUUUGAAUGGACCGGAUAGUUUCCAGCCACUUUUUAGCCCGAAUGAACUCGGACUUGAUGAUCAUAUUUUUUCCCCUGGUUCUCUUGAAAAACUCGAGCUUGAGAUUAGCGAGCUCUUGAAGUCAAGGAGGGGUAAUCCGGUUUCUAUUGCUUCGCUUCCAAUGUUGUUUUAUGAAAAGUAUGGGAGGACACUUCAAGCUGAUGGAUACCUCACCGAGAGUCAGAGGCAUGGUCGAGCUGGUUAUAGCCUGACAAAGCUUCUUGCCCGAUUGAAGAGAAUACGGCUAAUUGAUAGACCACACGGGCAACAUGCGGUGAUCUUAACUGAAGAUGCUUCAAAAUACAAUUUGGAUAAUCGGAGUGAAAGGAAUGAUCCAGGUCCAAUAGUCAGUGGUUCUCGGCAAAUAUACUUGACAUUUCCGGCGGAGAGUACAUUCACCGAAGAGGAUGUAUCUAACUAUUUUGGCACUUUCGGUGCUGUUGAAGAUGUUAGGAUCCCUUGCCAACAAAAGCGGAUGUUUGGAUUUGUGACCUUUGCAAGUGCGAAUACUGUGAAGACUGUUUUGGCUAAAGGGAACCCUCAUUUUGUUUGUGGAUCUCGUGUGCUCGUUAAACCUUACCGGGAAAAAUCAAAGCUUGUUGAUAGGAAGUACAUGGAGAAAAAUGAAAACGGUAUGUUUUAUCCUGGAAAUUACUUGGAGCUAGAACCUGACUUCCACCAUAUGCCUAGAUGCGAGGCCCCAAGGUUUCUAAGGAGGCAACUUAUGGAAGAACAGAAGCAAGUUCUUGAAAUGGAGAGAAGACGCCUCUCUGAAUUGCAGUUUGGACGUAAAAAUAUGAUCAAUCGGCAAUUCAUUGGUCAUGGCAUGGAUGAGCUAAAUGCGUUUGAAGAUCAUUUGAAAAUCACAAGUUCUGAACAAUAUCGCUAUCUGCUGGAUGUUUUCAAUAACUGUUCUUUAAGUAGUGGAUCGAACCAUCCAGGCACUGAUUACAUCGACCGAGAAAGCCAGGGGAUUGAUCUUCCUGAGAGCCCCUUUGCCUCAACAAUGGGAAACGGCAUUUCUACAGUCAUCUAGAUUUCCAGCAACACAGGAGAUAUAUACUUAUAGAGAAAAAGAAAAAGUAGGAAUACUGCGAUUCAAUGGUUUGGCUUUGGUUCCCAAUAUAGAACAGUUUCAUUUCUUUUGGUUAUCUGCCGUUCCCAAGUCCUAGUUUGAAGUCCUUUUAGCGAAAGUACAUAACAGAAAGGCUAAAAGAAAGACGAUUAUGAUAAAAAAGAGGUCAAGUCAGAAGUCCGAAGCAUCAUCUCCUCCCUGUUGAUUUAGGUAGAAGGAGUUUGAAUAGAAAAAGAAGAUUAUGAAUACACAAAAUGGAGACGGCCAUUUAUGUAAGAAGGUUUGCACAGGUUUUUUUUUUUUUUUGCUUAUUAUGACAGAAGGUGAAAGAGGAAUUUCGGAAAUAUCUCAGUAGAAAACAAUGUAGUAUUCUUAUAGUCUUUUGGUAGAACAAGAAGAAAAAGAAAGAAUCAGAUAAACUUUUCCUAGGGUUUUUACUUAUGCUUGGUGGUUUCGGAGAGGUAAAGAUAUGUUUGAAUUCGUCUCCGAAGCCUCAGCAAUAGAUGCAAAAUAACAUUUUGACUAAAAGGAAGGGUUCUUAUAAGCUCUUCACUUGCAUAUUACAACUGAUGAAUAUUAGCUUCUAUUAACUCAAAUUUAUAUAGUACUUCAUAUUGUUUAUA